AUGAUCAUUGUCAGUGCCUCCCUGGAUACUUGGUACCAUCUGGCCAUGUCCCAACUGGGGACUCAUUUGGAUGACACCAGACAUGUGGAGCGUCCUCCUGUGGUCCUAAUGCCCUUUGUGUUGGUGACGGACGCUGUUGUGUCGUCCUUACUGGGGAGUUUAGAAGAUGCCCUUACUGAUAUGGCACAGAAUACCAGUGAAGAGAAGCUGGUAGACUUGGGUGAUGCCAUGCUGCAGUCCACCGAAAAGCUGGUGGGGGCCCUGGUGGAGCACACGACCACAAACGCCAGCAAAACACUGACAACCAAAACCAUAGAAGUGCAAACUUUCACCAUCGGAAAGGACUAUACAAGCAACAUGAGCGCCAAUGUUGAAAUCAAAAAUAACUGUUUGGAUUUAGACCUCACUGGUGUUGCAAGGAACAACAACGGAUCAGCCGCUGUGGUCUUCACAAACUUCAAGAAAUUGGGUUCAGUUCUGACAGCAGACCUCUUCUACACUGCCAAUGAUACAAAGAAGACCAUGAUGUCUGCAGUUCUGAGUGCCUCCCUUCCAAAAACCCCAAACAAAGUCCUGCCAAGUCCAGCCAACAUCACAGUUAAACACAUCCAGAGUCUGGACCCUAAGGGUGUACUCUCCUGUGUGUACUGGAAUGGCAGCGCUUGGGUGGUAGAUGGCUGUGAUGUCACCCAGACCAACGCCACCCACACCAUCUGCACCUGUGUGCACUUCUCCACCUUCAGUCUGAUCAUGCAGGUGGAGCAACCUCCAGAGUUUUCGGAGCGUCCUCCAAAGACAAAGCAGAUGAUGGUGUUGCUGAAUAGGAUCGCCGUCUCUAUUGGGUUGGGGUUCCUGUUCCUGGCUGUGAUGACCUUCGCCCUCUGUCGACGUAAACCCCAAGUGAACAGCACGACUCGUCUGAACCUCUCCAUCAGUCUCUUUCUCGCUCAGCUCCUUUUCCUGCUCGUUCAGGAGUUCAUCCAUCUCAUCCGUCCUCACAAGGUCGUGUGUACGGUGCUCUCAGGAGUUCUUCACUACCUCUUCCUGAGCUGUUUCGUGUGGAUGCUCCUGGAGAGCAUCUGGCUUUUCCACGCUGUCCUCAGGCUCAAAGACAUCAGAUCCCCACGGGGGAUUGGACCUCACUGGGGAUUCCACUGCCUGGCUGGUUAUGGAGGUCCCUUGGUUGUCAUAGCUGUUUCAGCUGGAAAAAUGCCUGAUGGCUAUGGGAGUGACAGGUGCUGGUUGAAUUACGACAGAGGAUUCAUCUGGAGUUUUCUUGGUCCUGUGUGCUUCAUCCUUGGAACAAAUGCUGUCCUCUUCAUCUUCAUUCUCAUCCUCCUCCGCACAACCCUGUCACAGAUGCAACAUGGUCCCACGCACGAUAAACUAAUCAGGAUGUUGGUGUUUAAAUCGCUGGCCCAGUCCGUCAUCAUUGGGUUGCCUUGGAUACUGGGAUUCUUCACUGAAAGCAACCAGGCACUGGAUGUGGUCUUCAUUGUCAUCAACAGCCAGCAGGGAACCUUCAUCUUCCUGCUACACUGUGUUCUCAAUGGGGAGGGACCAAGUACUGUCGGUACAAAAACCACCCCGAAAAGCAAUCAGUUUGACCUAGCUCUGCUUUAG